UAAAGCUUGUAUACUUACUUGUCUCUCUCUCUCUCUCUCUUGUUUCAGAGGACAUAACCAGAACAAGUUCAAGCAUGGAGUCUUCAAAGCUCUAUGCUUUUCUCUUCAUUUCCAUGCUCUUCGUCUCUUCUUUUUCUCCCAUUCUUGGUUGUCCCUACUGUGGCAUAGGCAAGCCUCCCAAGAAGCACAAGCCCGCCAAAAAGCCUCCCGCCGUCAAGCCGCCAGGGAUCUUGCCUCCGAUUACCGUCCCUCCCAUUAAGCCACCAGUCACAUUGCCUCCGGUGACUGUCCCGCCAAUUAAGCCGCCAGUGGCCUUGCCGCCAAUCAAGCCACCGGUGGAACUGCCUCCGAUCAAGCCACCUGUUGAUCUGCCGCCGAUCAAGCCACCAGUUGAACUGCCACCGAUUAAGCCACCGGUUGAACUUCCACCGAUUAAGCCACCGGUGGACCUGCCUCCACUUCCACCAGUGCCGAUCCUGAACCCACCAACUCCAAGCAAGGGAGGUGGGAAGACGCCGUGCCCGGCACCACCGGCGACGUGCCCUAUAGACACGCUGAAACUGGGAGCUUGCGUGGAUCUGCUGAACGGGUUGGUGCACGUAGGGUUGGGAGACCCGGUGGUGAACAAGUGCUGCCCGGUGCUGCAAGGUCUGGUGGAGCUUGAAGCGGCGGUGUGCCUCUGCACCACCUUGAAGCUGAAGCUUCUGAACCUCAACAUUUAUGUUCCUCUCGCUCUUCAGCUUCUCGUUACUUGCGGAAAAACUCCCCCUCCUGGUUCACCUGCUCCCUCUAAACCCAGUUAAGUGGUCGAUGAAUGUGUGGACCAAAUCCAUCGACAUGAGAGGAUGUCGAGCCACUAUUAUUUCUCUCUCUCUCUCUCUCUAGAUUGGAAUUUAUUAAUGCUGUUAUUCGGUUAUCUCAAUAUUGUUAUUAAAACAAUUUGUUUUUCUCAAUUCUCAGAGAUUGUUGUACGUCGCCCUUAAUUUUUAUGCAUAUUUCAUAUUCCUAGCUA